AUGUCCCCCCACAUCGAUACCGAGAACGGCGUUAACGGCCACGAACCCGUGCCCGAGCUGGUCCCCGCUGUGCCGGGCCCUGUCUCAACCCCCAGCGUCGCCCCUGAGCCGACCGCCCGCCAGUUCCCCAAGAGCACCUACUUGAAGCCGGCCCCCGAGGACGCCGUGCUCGACCUCCUCGGCGUUGGCUUCGGUCCCGCCUGCAUCUCCAUCGCCUGCGCGUUGCACGACACUCUCGAGAAGGGCAAGCUUCCCGCCCAGCCCAACGUGCUCUUCCUCGAGAAGCAGUCCGAGUUCAAUUGGCACGCCGGCAUGCUGCUGCCUGGCACCAAGAUGCAGAUCUCGUUCAUCAAGGACCUGGCCUCGCUGCGCGAUCCGCGGUCGAACUUCACGUUCCUCAACUACCUGCACAAGAAUGACCGUCUGCUGGAUUUCAUUAAUCUCAAUACUUUUACGCCUGCUCGCGCUGAGUAUGAGGACUACCUGCGCUGGUGCGCGCGUCACUUUGAUGAUGUUGUGCACUACCAGACCGAAGUUGUAUCUAUCACCCCUGUCGAGGCCGAUCGUCCGGCUAAGACUUUCGAGGUCACAGCCCGCGAUCUUAGAACGGGCGCUGUCAAAACGUACCGCGCGAAGAAUGUCGUUGUCGCCCUUGGCGGCCAGGGUUAUCUGCCCGAGGUGUUCCCGCGCAAUCACCCACGCAUUAUCCACUCGUCGCAGUUUGCCUAUACUGUGCCAAAGUUGCUGGCCGACAGGAAUGCGCCGUACCGGAUCGCCGUUGUUGGCGGCGGCCAGAGCGCGGCAGAGAUCUUUAUGAAUCUGCAAAAUACUUAUCCGAAUUGCAAGACGUACAUGGUCGUGCGGGCUGACUUUUUGCGGCCUAGCGAUGACUCGCCGUUCAUUAACGGCAUCUUCAACCCCGAGUUCAUCGAAACCUUCUACCCGCAAUCUUCCGCCUCCCGUGCCCGCCUGCUCGCAGAUGCCAAGGCAACCAACUACUCUGUCGUCCGGCUCGAGCUCAUCGAGGCCCUCUUCGAGGUCAUGUAUCACCAGAAGCGCACCCUGGGCUCCGACGAGCGAGUCUGGCCCCAUCGCAUCCUCUCCGGACGGCACAUCCUCUCCGUCGAGGAUUCUCCGAACGGGGGUGUCCAUCUGAAGCUCGAGGGCGGUGCUGGGAACGAUGGCCCCGUCGAGGAGAUUGAGGUCGACAUGGUGGUGUGUGCGACGGGUUAUGAGCGGAAGGCACAUCUCGAGUUGCUUAAGGGGGUGUAUAACCUGCUGCCAGAGGUUGAUGGCAGCAAGUUGAGCGAGGCGGAGAGGAAGGACCGGUGGGUGGUUGAGACUGGGAAGGGGAGCACGACGACGAGCAGGGUUAUGCAGGUUGGUAGGGAUUACGCGGUUAGGUUUGCGGAACAGGCGGUUGCGCCUGGUUCCGGGGUGUGGUUGCAGGGGUGUAAUGAGGCUACUCAUGGUUGA